AGCAAUGAAGUUGAUAAAAAAGAUGAUAGCUUCGAAUCCUAAUUUUAAGUUGGUUCCAGCUGUGAAGUACAAAGUCUAUGAAGUGAUUAGUGUGCAUGAAGCAGUUUUUAUUAUGUAUCUUGAGAAGAAAAUUUGUAGCUGUUUGCAAUGGGAGUUAAGGGGAUUUCCAUGCCAGCAUGCUGUAUGUGCUUUGGCUCCAAUGAGACCUAACUGGGCUGAGUACUGUAGCCCUUACUACACAGUGGACUACUACAAGAAGACAUAUGCUCCUGAAUUCAAUCCACCAGAGGGUGUAGCUGACUGGAUAGAGCUAGAAAAACCAGAAAUGAUGAAGCCACCAGUAGACAUUAGAAAGCCAGGCAGGCCAAGGAAGAAGAGGAUAUUGUCAUAUGAUGAACCAAGAGGUCAGAAGAAGGCUAUAAGAUGUAGUAGGUGUAAAAAUGAAGGUCACUACUCAUCAACUUGUGUUGGUGGUCCAGUUGGAGGAAAUCCUAAGGGAUUCAAGCCUAGAACAUGUGUUGAUGGCACAAAGCAGACAACAGUUGAAGCUCCACCAAAGAGAAAGUACAAAGCUAAAGCUGCUGCAAAUUCUGGAGGUGCAUCUGCUGCAAAUUCUCAACCUUGUGCUAGCAGAUCUAAGACGCAAACAAGCGUUGCUCAAUCUUCCCAACCAGCUGCAACAUAUUCUGCAAAAUCCAAAGGUGUCAUGAGAAAGGCAGGUGAUGAAUCUUGUUCUCAGCCCAGUUUCAGUCAGCACAACACCCAUGUUGGAUCUGUUAGCAACAACAUAACCUUUACAGCUCCAAACCCAAAAGGAAAGAAGAGAGCAAAGAAGUAUAUGAAGCUUUAGAUGUACCUAUUUUAUGUUGGUUUGUGUUUAUGAUGACUCUAUUUUAUAUUUGAAUGUUAAGACAAUUCCUGGAAUGUUAUGUUAAGAUAAGACAGUGGAGAGUUACUGAAAUAGAUAGUCUUUUAUUA